AUGGACCUACGUCUUCCCUUUACCGCGUAUCCGGAUGUCGUGCCGAUGUCGAUGCGUCGAGCAAUGGAGAGGAGAGUAGAGGCGGUUGGAGGGAAGGAGGUCAUUCCGCCCUUUCCUGCUGCUAUUACAUGUCAACGCAACCCUCGAUUCCUCUUCAAGCGGUGUGUCUACUGCCGUUUUUCGGUUCUCGGUGGUGGGGAAAGACGUAGCGUGCCGGAGAGAGGUGCUUGUGAGAACGGAGUGGAAACGUCACCGGUCACUAAAGUAGAGACAGUGCAGGAGGAGGGUGGAAGAACUCACAUGCGAGAGUGUGACGAGAAGGAUCCGCGGCACACGAGCGUCCUUAGGUUUGGCGUCUUGCAGGAGGCGUUGUUCGUAGCCACCAAGGACAGAGAUGCGCUCACUCGGAUGAGCACGUUCUGGACCAUCUACGGGCUCUUGACUGAGAAACCGACUCCGAGGGAAGAAAAGCUUCUGAUAGGGGUUCCCCAUCACCCUUCUAAUGGGUGGCGACAUGCAGCUGCAAUGUACGAACAGAAUGGCGACUUCAAGGCCGUUCUGUUCAAUGCAGACUCAAAGGAGGUGGAGAAGGACAAUGACUACGCACUGCUUCAAGGCGCCAAAUUCUUCCAAGCGACCCGUAACUGCAAGUUCGGCAACCGUUUCGAGCUGGUCCUUCACUUAAUCCCAUUGCUUGAAGAUCUCUGGCCUGUGUCCGAUUCUCCACGUGCACGCAUUUUAUUGUUCCCCGCCAUAUGGGGAGAGAGUGGAGGUCGACGGGUACACAACACACGCAUCUUGCUUUUUGAAAUGAGCCUAGUACCCAGCGUCUUCCUAAGCUUCAGGAAAGUCGUCCGACUGUCGUCGUCAGCUCUUGUGCACAAGAUCGAGCCCAUCAUGUCUCAAGAUCUCAAGGUCGACCGUGACAUCUUGUGGAAGGCGUGA